UUGUAUCAAGCUCUAUGAAUCGUUUUACAUUUACCUUUUUUUUCUGAAGGAGUUCACUUCUUUUCAUUUUAGAGAAUUCUUAGGCGAAGAAAUGGUUAGUAGCACACAGGGAUCCCAAAUCAACAGAUACCCAGAACUCCUCGCGUUGGUGCAUAAUUCCAAAAUGGCCGCCGCGUAAGCUUGUUCGUCGAAGUUUGCCAUUUUUAGCGUUUUUACAAAACCACGCUAACUUAUUACCGCCUUAUUUUAAAUAUGAAAAUUGCCGUAGAAGGUUGUGCUCAUGGAGCACUUGACCAGAUUUACGAGACCCUUGAAUAUUUACAACAGAAAGAAGGCAUACAAGUAGAUGUCUUACUUUGCUGUGGUGAUUUUCAGGCGGUGAGAAACAAGACAGAUCUCAUGUGUAUGGCCGUGCCGCCGAAAUAUCGGCAAAUGGAGAGUUUCUACAAGUAUUACACCGGCGAGAAAAAGGCACCUAUCCUCACUAUCUUUAUCGGUGGAAACCAUGAAGCAACAAAUCAUUUGUGGGAGCUCCCCUACGGGGGCUGGGUAGCGCCAAAUAUCUACUAUCUAGGGUACAGUGGGGUGGUCCAGUUCGGUGGGUACCGUAUAGGAGGACUGUCUGGCAUCUACAAGAAUCAUGACUACAACAAGGGCCAUUUUGAAUGCCCUCCAUAUGAUGGUAAUACAAUGCGCAGUGCAUACCACAUUCGUAGCUUUGAUGUUUUCAAACUCAAGCUUCUGACACAACCAUUGGAUAUCAUGAUGUCACAUGACUGGCCUCAAGGUGUCUAUCACCAUGGCAACGUGCAGAGUUUGUAUCGUUAUAAGAGCUUCCUAAAGCCUGAAAUUGAGUCCAACACCCUGGGUAGUGCACCAGCAGGAGAGUUACUCACACAUUUACAGCCAUCCUAUUGGUUCUCUGCACAUUUGCAUGUCAAGUUUCCAGCCAUAAUCCCGCAUGGGGGUGAUAAGAACACUAAGUUCUUAGCUCUGGACAAGUGCUUGCCGUAUAGAGACUUUCUUCAGGUUCUAGAUGUUGGAGAACCUAGAGGUCCAGUAGAGCUGAGGUAUGACCCAGAAUGGCUAGCUAUUACAAAACUCACAUCCCCCUUAAACAACCUUUCUCCAGACUUUACUGUUCUUCCAACACCACAUGAAGGUGAUAAAUACAAGCCUGAUAACAGUGCCAUUGAUGAGGUCAAAAAACUUUUCAAGGACACACUAAAAGUGCCUCUAAACUUCUCAGUGACAGUGGUACCAUUUGAUGCAGCUCAGCCAAAGAAGUAUUAUAGUCCACCUGGGCCAGUUCUGAACCCCCAGACAAAGGAGUUCUGUUUGAAGCUUGGGGUUGAAAUUCCCUUCUUUGUGAAGGGCUCAGAAAAGGCUGAGAACCCUGAUGAAAUCAACCUAGAAGAUGACAAUGAUGAUAGUAAUCAUGGUAAAAAGGCUACAGACCCUGAUGAAAUCAACCUAGAUGACAGUGAUGAUAGUGAUCAUGGUAAAAAAGCUACAGACCCUGAUGAAAUCAACCUAGAAGAUGACAAUGAUGAUAGUAAUCAUGGUAAAAAGGCUACAGACCCUGAUGAAAUCAACCUAGAUGGUAACGAUAAUAGUGAUCAUGGUAUAAAGGCUACAGACCCUGAUAAAAUCAACCUAGAUGAAGACGAUGAUAAUGAUGGUAAACAUCAUUGUGAUCAUUAUGGUAAUGGUGGACGCCUGGAUAUUGAUCAUGAUUGCGGUGGCAAUACUAAAAGUGAUAAUGGUUCCAUCACAUCUCUUAAAAGUGAUAUUUUAUCAUCCCUUGAGACUUCUGCUGAGUCAACCGGGGAGUCUCUAAAGAGAUCUAGUGACGACAGCCAUGAAGGGGAGUCUAAUGAACUUGCACAAAGGGUUGUCAAGAUACUCCGUAGAAACCAAGCUAUGUACACGGCAGACGAAGAUAAUUCUUAGAAAGAUCAUGCCCGAAGGAAGUAGUCAGCAUUUGUAGUGUUUGCAAGCAAUUGUGAUCAUAAAGCUACUGUGAUGUACAUCAUACACUGGUAUUUGACAUUGCUAGAUUUUUAUCGUUAUCACUUUUUCAGGACAGAAACGAAAAAAAGAACAGUCAAAUACCAGUGAUUGGUGGAAUUUGGUGUUGUAACAAUAUGUCAAUUGAAAAAAUCAUGCAGUGGCCUCUGUUGUUUUCUGGUUUAAAUAAUGUGAAACACUGUGUUUCCAUAACUUAGAACACUAUAGAUAAAGUACAUAAGAUUAGGUAGGUAAAUAUGUGUAAGUUGUAGAUUGCUCGUGUUUUUCUUGCUAUGACAGUACCCAUAUAAAGUGGCUUUCACCGCAA